AUGACCAAGGGACGCUACCGCAAAGUAAAUAUGUCCGAGGAUCCACAGCCCCUACUGACCAAUAUAAUGAGUCGGUAUCCCAAAGAGCCAACUGAUGACAUCGACUACCGAGAGAUUGCACAACCAAGGCUUCCUGACUUUGAAAGCGACGAUUUAAGAGUUCUAGGAAAAGAGAUCACUAAGGCCCGCAGUUACUUGGGGCAAUGCUCCUCCUUUCAUAAAGUGUGCUCAAAAGGGUUUUACAAUCCCACUUCUCAAUCAUUUAAAGAGACACAGCAAAACAGUAGCCAGACUAACCUGUUAAAUACCACAAUCCACCAAUAA